UUUUCAAGUCUUCCAUACAAAAUUAGACACUAUAAUUAAGAAUAGCCGCUAUACUAAGUUGAUAAGGUCAUUCUCUUUUGCUUUUUCUCUUCUUCAGAAAGCUCCCAGAAAAAAAGAAACUGAAGAAGAUAUAGCAGCCGUUCCCCCUUUUUUUUUUUUUUUUGAAAAUCGAGAUGUCAAACCCGAAUAUUUCAGAAACGAUUCCGUUUUUAGCGGAGAUCGAUGAUAAUAACGACGAAGAUGGGAGGUGGUGGAAGAAUGUUUUGGAUUUGGAAGAGGCGAAGAAACAAGUUUUGUUUUCACUUCCAAUGAUUGUGACGAAUGUUGUGUAUUUUUCCAUAACUUUGGUGUCUGUCAUGUUUGCCGGUCACCUUGGGGAGCUUCAGCUUGCUGGUGCCACUCUUGCUAAUUCUUGGGCCACCGUCACUGGCUUUGCUUUCAUGACAGGAUUAAGUGGAGCACUGGAAACACUUUGUGGUCAAGGAUUUGGUGCCAAAUUUUACAGAAUAUUGGGAAUUUACCUCCAAUCUUCAUGCAUAAUUUCCUGUUCUUUCGCCAUUCUAAUAUCAAUCUUGUGGUUCUUCACCGAGCCCAUAUUGAUCUUCCUUCAACAAGACGCCGAAAUCUCGAAAACGGCGGCGCUUUACAUCAAAUACCUCAUCCCAGGCUUAUUUGCUUACGGGUUGGUACAAAACAUACUGAGAUUCCUUCAGUCGCAAAGUAUUUUAAUGCCUCUGGUGUGGUUUUCGGUUCUGCCAUUGGGACUUCAUUUGGGUAUCGUUUACGCAUUGGUUAAUUGGACGGAUCUGGGUUUCAAAGGAGCUCCAUUGGCAGCUUCGAUUUCGCUGUGGAUUUCACUUGUUUUGUUAUCGUCUUAUGUGGUUUUGGCCCAGAGAUUUGAGGAAACAUGGCCGGGAUUGUCGUCGGAAUCGUUUCGUUUGGUCUUCGCGAACUUGAAACUCGCCAUCCCCUCUGCGGCAAUGGUUUGUUUGGAAUAUUGGGCAUUCGAGCUUCUGGUACUAUUAGCAGGAUUGAUGCCUAAUUCAGAAGUAACUACUUCCUUGAUUGCCAUGUGUGUGAAUACAGAAUCAAUUGCUUACAUGAUUACUUACGGACUUAGUGCUGCAGCAAGCACUAGGGUUUCGAAUGAAUUGGGAGCUGAGAAUCCGAGGAAGGCAAAGACCGCCAUGGCUGUGUCACUCAAGCUUUCAAUCCUUCUGGCUCUAAUAGUGGUUGUUGCAUUAGCAUUUGGGCAUAACAUAUGGGCUGCUUUCUUCACCAGCACUGCUUCCAUUAUUAACCAAUUUGCUUCAAUCACACCCUUCCUUUUAAUCUCCAUUUCUAUCGAUUCUUUUCAAGGCAUCUUAUCAGGGGUGGCUAGAGGAAGCGGAUGGCAGGUGUUGGCUGUGUGGGCCAACUUGGUGACCUUUUAUUUAAUUGGAAUGCCAGUUGCCGGGCUUCUUGCUUUUAAGUUUAAGCUUUAUGCUAAGGGUUUGUGGAUAGGGUUGAUAUGUGGACUUUCAUGCCAAGCUGGUGCCCUCCUGCUUAUUACUUUGUAUAGAAAAUGGACUAAAAUUGAGCUUUCCUAACAAAUUAAUAAUCAACCAUAGUUAAAUUUUACUUAAUCUUCAUACUUUAUGGGUAUUUAUUUCUCGAGACUUAUUUAAAAUAGUGAUUGAAAUUUUUAUUUGAGAUUUAUAUAA